AUGUCCUUUCGCAAGCGCAAUGUGGGCCUUACCGGCUCUGCGCGAGCGGAUGGGAUGCCCCAGACAAACCCUAGAGAAAGAGUCCAGCUGCCGGGAGUACGGCCAUCGCCUCUAGAUGGGCGGCCGACAACGUCCACUGGUACAGCCAGCCUCGAUGCCCUACUUGCAGGACACUCCGGCCUCGCUCUCGGAAGUUCCAUCUUGAUCGAAGAGAGCGGUACAACAGAUUAUGCUGGCGCACUGCUCAGAUUUUUUGCUGCUGAAGGGCUACUGCAAGGCCAGCAUGUCCAUGUCGUUGGGUUGCCAGAACACUGGGCUCGAGAGCUUCCGGGGGCGGUUGGAGAAUCCGAAAAGAAAGAGAAGCCGGUUGAAACCAAGGAGAAGAUGAAGAUCGCAUGGAGAUACGAGAGUCUAGGCCAAUUCGGCGCAAGCACAAACACAAGAGAACGGCGACAGUCACUCCCAGCCCAAGAAGCCCCAAGUCUAGCGUCAGGGCAGGCCAGCCCGGUGGCUUUCUGCCAUACAUUUGAUCUGACCAAGAGACUCGUCCAUCCAGCAUCCUCCAGAAUGGACUUUGUCCAGCUGGCAAUGAAUCCAACACAGUCCCCAUUCACCCCGGUGCUUGAGCAUCUCGGGAACUCUCUGUCAAGGUCCGCGCCCAACACGGUCCAUCGCAUCAUCAUUCCAUCCUUGCUGUCUCCAGCUCUCUAUCCGCCACAGUCCAGUCAACCACAAUACAUUCUUCAGUUCCUGCAUGGCAUACACUCUCUUUUCGCCGCAUACCCUGACCGGAUGACAGCGAUCAUGUCACUUCCAUUGUCUCUAUAUCCUCGAUCAUCGGGCCUCGUUAGGUGGAUGGAGUUGCUCAGUGAUGCUGUUCUUGAGCUCUCUCCGUUUCCACACUCGGCGGAUGGAGACGCACAACUCUCUCGAGGCCCAACUGCGACAGCUGAUGAACCUCCUCAGGGACUUCUCCAGGUUCACCGGCUGCCGAUCUUGCACGAUCGCGGAAGCGGGACAGGCACCUCAGAAACUGACUGGACCUUCACCCUGAGCCGAAGGAAGUUCACCAUCAAGCCUUUCAACCUUCCGCCAAUCGAAGGGGAUACAGAAGCACAGCAAGCGUCUGGGCCAGACCACAAUGGAAAAAAGUCAGACUUGGAGUUUUGA